AUGGGAUCCGAAAACCGCGAGAUAAGCCGCUACGAGAUAACAGCGGUCUACACACAUCCAGAAGCCAAGGCCGACAUUGUCUUUGUUCACGGACUCAACGCAGAGCCAGACAUUACAUGGACCGCCAAAGACGGGACCUUCUGGCCGCUGGAUCUCCUACCGGCUGCACUCAAGGGCACACACGCAAACAUCCUGAUCUACGGAUACAAUGCAGAUGUGUACUCCAAAGGGAACAACCGAACAACCAGCAAUCACUUCAUAAAUCAGCACGCAGAGGAUCUCAUCACGAACCUCAUGCUUCACCGAAGAAGUCAAGGGACAUCCAAGAAUCCUAUCAUAUGGGCAUGUCACUCGCUAGGAGGUAUUCUCGUCAAAAGAGCUCUACUCUACUCCCAUGACGUGCGUGAAACUCGCCUGGAAGACCUCGGGUCAAUCUACAUCUCAACCUUUGGACUAAUCUUUUUGGCCACCCCACAUGUAGGAUCGGACGCAGCAGCCUGGGGCGUAAUUGUUCAGGCUAUGGCAGCCGCCUUGAUUCCAAGGAGGUUCUUCGACUCAGAGCCGGUGCUCCUGAAAACGCUCAGGAAAGACAACGAAACUCUCGUCAACAUCAACAGCCACUUCUUGGACAUAUAUCAGCGUUUUGAAGUCCACAUGGUUCGCGAGAAUCAAAAAACGGAUGUGAAGGGCAAAAAAUUCUUCGUCGUAGAUGCACAUUCAGCCGGACCUCCGUUGCCUGGUGUCACCUACUACGGCAUAGAAGCCAACCACGUCGACAUGUGCAAAUUCGAAAGUAUAAACUCUCCAGGAUUCCGCAACAUCGCCAUCACGUUGCAACAAUGGAUCGAGAGGGCUCCUUUUCUGAUUCAAGAACGGUGGCUCGCUGCAGAGGAUGAGGGUCGAAAUCGGGCUCUAGCAAAAGUGAACGAGAUUAUGUCGCCAUUUGCAGCCCAUCAGAUGUACGCACAGAGGGCUAUCUUGUCGGCAUACGAUUACAAUGGAAACAGUAGUAACGCUGUUCCGAGAAUCCACAGUGCAAGAUACCCUGAAGUAUCUCUAAAUCCAGGUUUUAGCUAUUGGAUGGCAAAUUCUCCCAUCAAUACCAACUCAAACAGUGGCAUUGAGCCAUCGCCUGGAUAUCCGCAAUAUCUGCAGUCUCAUAGACGUGCUCUGAUUACUGAUGGGUCGAUCUCCUCGUCAUUGCCUAGUAGUUUUGCUAGCAACACUCUCCCGCCUCCAUUCGCUACUGUCGGAGGCUAUGCAUCACAGCCGAUAUCUCCCCGGUCAGAAAUGUCAGUCCCAUACACUUCUGCCUUCAUUCCUUUUGGCAAUCAAGAUUGGUGUCCAAGACAAACAGGAACAUGGAACUUCUACGAUACUAGUUAUGGGGAUACCUAUGCUCCAAGACAACACAUGUCCCCUGAGGCUGUGCAUGUCUCCGAAAUCGAGUCCUUGCCUCCCGAGAGUCAGGAUACCAAACAGAUGGAAAAUCACCCUCCUGACUACUGUCAGCCUCGGGUGCCGGAAUGA